AGCGGUAAUGAAGGUUAGGUAAGCUGUGUUGUUGGAGUAAAGGUAAAGAGAAGAAAGAACGUGUCCUGACUCAUCACGUUCUAGAGGGAAAGACGUUGGUAACAUAUCUAUAUCACCGGUAUCUCGCGUGUACCGUACGAGCGGAAUCCGUAUCACCUGACAGCAUUGCCGGUUGCGCGACGCGUUCGUCACCCACUUUGACUUCACAUCACUAUGUGAAUACGUAGCGUGUAGCACGAGCAGCACGCGGUGGAAAGGGGAGAUUCCCCUUCCACGAGGAAUAAUCAAAAUGGUGGCUUCGCACAACGCGGGUGAUGUGGUGUAAGGCAGACAUCGGCGGCUCGCAUCAUCGUGAUCGUUUCGGACAGACGCGAAAAGCGUGAGCGUUGAAUACGCUAUAUAGCCGGAUAACAUGGGCGACCCGAAGAGCCAGCACGGCGGGCAAGAGAUGAAAGGCUGGCUUUUCAAAUGGACGAACUACUUGAAAGGUUAUCAACGAAGAUGGUUCGUCCUGUCAAACGGCCUCCUGUCGUAUUACAGGGCUGAACCGACAGGGGGGCCAAAGAUAUCAACGCGACGCAAGCGGAGGACUGGCAGAGCCUCCGAAAAUCCCGCAGAGAUGUCCCACACCUGCCGCGGCACGAUUUCCUUACACGGGGCCUUAAUACAUACAGUGGACGCCUGUACUUUUGUCGUAAGCAACGGCGGCACGCAAACCUUCCACAUCAAGGCGUCGACCGAGGUGGAGAGACAGCAAUGGGUUACAGCCCUCGAGUUGGCAAAAGCCAAAGCUAUCCAAGCAAUGGAAUCUGAAGAGGAAGAGGAAUAUCAAGAUAACGACAAUCAAAACGUAGAAACUGCGUCUGUGAUUAAGGAUCUAACGCGACGAUUGGACGAUUUGCAAGCGUGCAACGACUUAAUAUUCAAGCAGGGAUCUGCACUUCAGCGAGCUUUAUCCGAUUUGGAAACGUUAGACCCUCCGUCCCCUGAAUUGGCGGCGAAAUUCAAGACCGUCAGCGAGCGAGCUACGCUUUUCCGGAUUGCGGCGAAUGCUAUGAUCAGUACGAGCAACGAUUACUUUCAACUAGCCCAGCAACAGGAGCCUAAAUGGAAGAAGCUGCUGCAGCAUGAACGCGACCAAAAGGUGCGGAUAGAGAAGAUGGUCGAACAGCUAGCUAGGCAACAUUCUCAUUUGGAGGAAGCAGCACAACACGCGAUUCCUUCAGCGACGCUUGCAGGAGGACACAGACCUUCACAUCCCGCAAUUACGACAUCACCGUCGGAGGAUGAGGAGGAUAAUGCUGAGUUUUAUGAUGCGCAAGAGUCAGAUACUUUCACUCUAAACAUAUCUGGAGUCGCCACGAGUAAUUCGAUCUCACACACGAGAGACCGCACCGAUUCUCAGGGUAGCGACGAUGGCUCCAGUUCAGAAGGGGAUCCAACACCUUUGCCUGUUUCCGAUUCCACUGGUGCAGAGUCGUUUCUCAUUGUGACCGAUUCUACAGCAGCGCAGACUCCCUCACCCGUCAAGACCACAGACGACCUGGACAAUAUUUGGCAAGCCAACAAUGGCGGUAGCGGCACCAGGGUGACCACUGUUUCCAAAAGGAAGCGAAGGAUUAAGGUACCUGAUAAACCAAAUUAUCCCUUGAAUCUAUGGAGUAUCAUGAAAAACUGUAUUGGCAAAGAUUUGUCAAAAAUUCCUAUGCCAGUUAAUUUCUCCGAACCACUUAGUAUGCUUCAACGGCUGACAGAAGACUAUGAAUACGCAGAUAUUCUUGAUAGGGCUGCGGAAUGUACAGAUAGCUAUGAACAGAUGGCUUAUGUAGCUGCGUUCACUAUAUCUAGUUACUCUACAACUGCUACUAGAACGGGAAAGCCUUUCAAUCCUCUUUUGGGUGAAACUUUUGAGUGUGAUCGUACAGAUGACCUUGGAUGGCGGGCAAUUUCAGAACAAGUAUCUCAUCAUCCGCCUAUGCUGGCUCAACAUUGCGAAGGAAAGAAAUGGCGAUGUUGGCAAGAGUUUACAAUGGCCUCCAAGUUUCGUGGAAAAUAUCUGCAGGUAAUUCCUUUGGGUACUGCCCAUUUGGAAUUCAACAAUGGGGAGCAACAUUAUACAUGGCGUAAAGUUACAACUACAGUACAUAAUAUUAUAGUUGGAAAAUUGUGGGUUGAUCAGAGCGGUGAUAUGGAUAUUGUAAAUCAUAAGGAAGGUAUCAAGUGCCAUUUGAAGUACAUACCGUACUCAUAUUUUUCGCGAGACAGUCAGCGUAAGGUGAAGGGAAUAGUAAUGAAUUCUAACAAGGAAGUCAAGUGGGUAGUACAAGGCACAUGGGAUUCGAAAAUAGAAAUUGCUCCAGUAAUCAGCUCGUCUGGUACACCUGAUAAUCCAGUCUACAAGACAGGUCCCUACAUAUUGGCGUGGAAACGACGUAUGCCUACUGAUGACUGUGAGAAAUAUUAUUCAUUCACGGAAUUAGCGUGUCAAUUAAACGAACCGGAAGAGGGUGUAGCUCCGACGGAUUCUCGGCUGAGGCCCGAUCAGCGAUUAAUGGAAGAUGGACGGUGGGACGAAGCUAAUGCCGAGAAAUUGCGUUUAGAAGAAAAACAAAGAGCGUCCAGACGAGCACGCGAGCACGAGGCCGAAAAAGCUACCACACAAGGUUUACCUUAUGAGGUGUACGAACCGUUGUGGUUCAAGAAGAAGCAGGAUCCAUACACAGAUAGCCGUUGUUACGUUUACAAUGGCGAAUAUUGGGAUUGUAAGAGUAGAGGUGAUUGGUCACGAUGUCCGAAUAUAUUUUAGUUAAUUAUAUAAAUUAUAUUCGAUUAUAUGAUACGAGAUUCGUCACACACGUAUAUGCAGUGCAAACAAGUUUUGGAUCAUUCAAGUGACGAUAGUCGAGUUUAUACAAGUCGCGACCGCUUGUGGUGAAGACUUGAAUGCUUAUAAAAUAACGUUGACAUAAUAAUGGGAUUGUUAUAGGAUAUGGUAUAGCGAGAUUAAUUCUUCCAAAGUUGCUGGCACUCUGAUAUGUAUAAUAUGCAUUUUGCAUAUAGUUGCAUAUCACAUCACUUUUGUUUUUCUUUGAUUCUCCCUAUCUUUCUCUUUUCCUCUGUGCAGCAUUCUUUUGUUCUUUUCUUUCCGAGUACAAUUAGGCGCAUUUCCAAUCCAAUACUUAUUUAAUAUGCAUUUGUAUGUUAUUAUUUUAUUUCAAGAUUUUGCAAAAUUAAUGUAAAUAGAUACUCUUAAAUUUUUCAAUCCAAUUAUAUUGCAUAUUUAAAUUUUGCAUAAAUCAGCUGUAUGUACGAAUUAAUGACGAAUUGAUGCUGAAGUGAGCAUCGAUAAAACUAAGCGAAUAUUUUACUACAUCAGCCUAAAACUGAGAUAGCAAUAUUACGAUCGUAGAGAAAGAAGUACUAUCACCAUUAUCGAAGGGAAGGGGGGUAAUCAAGCUCAAUGUUCCACUUUUAUAAUAUAUCUAGUAUUUUCGAUUUAUUUUUAAACGAAUACACACGAAUCUAAUUUUCCAGAAAUUAAUCCUUAUGUUUUAUCGAAAUUUGUCAUGCUACUAUAUGUAGAUGAAAAUUUUGUAUAUUUCAUCAUUUGAUCCAUUGCUGAAACGCAAUAUUUAGAAAUGCACAGCGAGGAAUAAAAUUGAGUUUGUAUUCAAUAUGCAUUGGUGUAAAUCAAGAUGCAAUAAUAUUUUCAUUUUUCAACUCGUUUUUAUGAAAAUAAACAAAAGAUAGGCAUUUAUAAAUAUCAAAAAACUCUCCAGUUUAACUUUGAUAUAUAUAUAUAUAUAUAUUAGAGAGAAUAUGCCUGUAAUCAUGUCAUAAUAUUUUCCUCGCUGCAUAUUUCUUGUUUGAUGCAGUAUGUAUCUGAAA